AUGGGUCGAAAACCAUUUGUUGGCGGCAACUUUAAAAUGAAUGGGACGAUCAAGUCCAUCAAAGAGAUUGUCCACAACUUGUCCACAGCCAAGCUCGACCCGAACACCGAAGUAGUCAUCGCACCCCCGAGUCUGUACCUCCUGCUGGCCCGCGAACACCUCUCCCCCAACAUUGAAGUCGCAGCUCAAAAUGUCUUUGACAAGCCCAACGGGGCUUUUACCGGUGAAAUCUCAGUGGCGCAAUUGAAGGACAGUGGGAUCACAUGGACACUGCUGGGUCACUCGGAACGCCGAACCAUCCUCCGUGAGGAAGAUGAGUUCGUGGCUUGCAAGACCAAAGCCGCACUCGACGGCGGAAUUGGUGUCAUUCUGUGCUGCGGCGAGAGUCUCGAGGAGCGGGAAAAGGGUAUCACGGUCGAUGUUGUCACAAGACAAUUGGACGCGGUGAACAAGUCUAUCGGCAAGGAUGGCUGGAAGAAUGUGGUGAUCGCAUACGAGCCCAUCUGGGCCAUUGGGACAGGCAAGGUUGCAACGACUGAACAAGCGCAGGAAGUUCAUGCAGCCAUCAGAAAAUGGUUGAAGGACGCCGUCUCGACCGAAGCCGCCGAGAACACCAGAAUCAUCUAUGGUGGAAGCGUCAACGAGAAGAACUGCAGGGAUUUGGCCAAGCAGCCUGAUGUGGAUGGAUUUUUGGUCGGCGGCGCCAGCUUGAAACCUGCCUUCGUCGAGAUUAUCAAUGCGUUCAGUUAG